AUGCCUCACAAUGUUACACGAGAUCCAUGUCGAAUUGUGGAUUCAGAGAGUGACGAUGAAAAAGAUAAUCGAUUACGUACACAUGUACAAAUUGCGACAAGACCAGCAACACCAAAAGUCGUACCAAAACGAUCUCCACCAAAAAUUGUCGAUUGGGGUGCAUCCUCAAACGAAUCAACCACUGAUAAAACACAAUAUUCUCAUAACACACUUAAUCCAUCAAAUGACAAUGCGAGUUUAUCGUCAACAACUCAAAGAUCAUCAUCAGCGGAUUCGUCUUUAGAAUCCAAUAAACAAUUCAAUCGAUUGGAAUCUACUACAACUACUCCUCAAUCUCCUUCUGCAUCUUCGACUGAUUUUGAUCCAAUUGCAUUGAUUCAAGAAGAUCUAAAUAAUUUUAUCUAUAUGCCUGUUCCAAAAGAAUAUUCAUCAUUUGUACAAUGUCGUCUUCGACGUGAUACAACUGGUGUACAAAAAGGUUUUUUUCCAACAUUUUAUUUGCAAGCUGAACGUCCAGGUGAUAAUAAAAAAUUUUUUUUAUUAGCUGCACGUAAAGUAGCAAAAGUAAAUCGUCAAACAGAAUAUAUAAUUACAACUAAUGUUGAAACUUUAUCAAAAAAUGCAGGUGGUGAUGGUUGUGUUGGUAAAUUACGAGGAAAUAAUUUAACUGGAACUGAAUAUACACUUUAUGAUCAUGGUUUAAGUCCAAAUAAAUCUUCUAGUAAACACUCAAAUAAUAAAGAAAGUUUAAGACGUGAAUUAGCAGCUAUUGUUUAUAAUGUGAAUGUUUUUGGUAUUAAAGGACCAAGACAGAUGAGUGCUAUGUUACCUGAACUCGGACAUGAUAUUCAACCAACAAAACAUGAAGAUGGUAUUCUUGAUCAAUGGCGUGAUAGACAUUUAAAUUAUUUAAUUCAAUUGCGAAAUAGAUCACCAAAAUAUAAUGAAGAAACAAAAAAUUAUGUUCUCCAAUUUAUGGGUAAUCGUGUAGCACAACCAUCAGUAAAAAAUUUUCAAAUGAUUAUUGAAAAUGAAAAUCGUGAGGAAGAAAUUAUUAUGCAAUUUGGUCGUGUUGAUAAAGAAACAUUUACAUGUGAUUUUCGUUAUCCACUUUCAGCUAUUCAAGCAUUUGCUAUUGCUCUUAGUUCGUUUGAUAGUCGAAUUGUGCGAGAAUAA